AUGUGUGAUGCUUACACGUCGGCUGGGAAUCCAAUUCCAACCAACAAGAAGCACAACGUUGCUAAGAUCUUCAGCAACUCCAAAGUUGCCUCUGAGGAGCCUUGGUAUGGGAUUGAGGAAGAAUACACAUUGAUGCAAAAGGGUGUGAACUGGCCUAUUGGUAUUGGCAUCUCUGGUGUCAAUGGAGAAGUCAUGCCUGGACAGUGGGAGUUCCAAGUCGGUCCAGUUGAGGGUAUUAGUGCUGGUGAUCAAGUCUGGGUCGCUAGAUACCUUCUCGAGAGGAUCACUGAGAUCUCUGGUGUAAAUUUCAGCUUCGACCCAAAACCAGUCCCGGUUAGUGUCUCUUUACCACACUCUCUCAACACUUUCUUCAUCACGAAGUCGAUGAGGAACAACGGAGGAUUAGCAGUGAUAAAGAACGCGAUAGAGAAGCUUCAGGUGAAGCACAAGGAGAACAUUGCUGCGUACGGUGAAGUGUAUGGUGAGAGUGUCCACGAGAGGAUCACUGAGAUCUCUGGUGUAAAUUUCAGCUUCGACCCAAAACCAGUCCCGUGCAACUACAGCACGAAGUCGAUGAGGAACAACGGAGGAUUAGCAGUGAUAAAGAACGCGAUAGAGAAGCUUCAGGUGAAGCACAAGGAGAACAUUGCUGCGUACGGUGAAGGCAGCGAGCGUCGUCUCACGGGGAAGCACGAGACCGCAUACAUCAACACGUUCUCUUGGGGAGUGGCGAACCGUGGAGCUUCGGUGAGAGUGGGACGAGACACUGAGAAGGAAGGCAAAUGUUACUUCGAAGACAGAAGGCCAGCUUCUAACAUGGAUCCUUAUGUCGUUACGUCCAUGAUCUGAACCACCAUCCUCGGUUAAUCAGUCAUGCACGUUUUAAUGUUUUGGUUUUCUCCGGUCUGGUUUUCAAUUUGUGAACUUAUGUGCUUGUGAUUGCAGUCUAUUUAGGUUUAAAUAAUUCUUAUGACGACA